AAAUAAGAGCUUGGUUUUUCUUCUACUCUGCUAAAACUAAAAGAAAAAAAGAAAUGGGUGCAAACUCUAACAGGGUGGAAGAUUUCUCUAGCCAUAAUGGAAGUGCUGCAACAACAACAACUCUCAAGGUUUCAACAGAGAUACCAAUGCCGCCACCUGAGGCAAUGGAGAUACACAACGUUUGCCUGCCACCACAGAAAACCACUUUCCAGAAGCUAAAACACAGGCUUUCUGAGAUAUUCUUCCCUGAUGAUCCUCUCUACAGAUUCAAGAAGCAAACAUGGCGUAAGAAACUGGUUUUGGGACUUCAGUGUUUGUUCCCAAUAUUCCAGUGGGGGCCUGAGUAUAAUCUCAGCCUGUUCAGGUCUGAUAUCAUUUCUGGUCUCACCAUUGCUAGCCUUGCAAUCCCACAGGGGAUCAGUUAUGCAAAGCUUGCAAAUUUGCCACCUAUUAUUGGACUAUAUUCAAGCUUUAUUCCCCCAUUGAUUUAUUCUGUCCUUGGAAGUUCUAGACAUCUUGCUGUUGGUCCAGUGUCCAUCGCAUCCUUAGUCAUGGGCACAAUGUUAAGUGAAAGUGUUUCUCCUGUUGAAGAGCCAAUUCUCUACCUAAAAUUGGCCUUCACUGCAACCUUCUUUGCUGGUUUAUUUCAGGCAUCUUUGGGUCUGUUAAGGUUAGGCUUCGUGAUUGAUUUUCUGUCCAAGGCAACUCUUAUUGGAUUCAUGGCUGGAGCAGCAGUCAUUGUGUCCUUACAGCAGCUGAAAGGGUUGCUUGGAAUUGUUCAUUUUACUGGCAAGAUGCAACUCAUUCCUGUUAUGACCUCUGUAUUUGACCGUAGAAAAGAGUGGUCCUGGCAAACUGUUGGAUUGGGAUCCAUCUUCCUGUUGUUUCUGUUGACAACAAGGCAUAUCAGCAUGAGGAAACCAAAGCUUUUCUGGGUAUCAGCAGCCGCCCCGUUAACAUCAGUGAUUCUCUCAACUCUUUUUGUCUUCUGCGUUAAAUCAAAAGCUCAUGGAAUCUCAAUUAUUGGCCAAUUGCAAAAGGGUUUGAAUCCACCUUCAUUGAACAUGCUAUACUUUAAUGGCCAAUAUCUUGCAUUAGCUAUCAAGACUGGCAUUAUCACUGGGAUCUUGUCGCUCACUGAAGGAAUUGCAGUGGGAAGGACAUUUGCUUCUCUAAGGAACUACCAAGUUGAUGGAAACAAAGAAAUGAUGGCUAUUGGCCUCAUGAACAUUGCUGGUUCUUGCACUUCAUGUUAUGUUACAACAGGAUCAUUUUCUCGAUCUGCAGUAAAUUAUAAUGCUGGAGCACAAACAGCAGUCUCUAACAUAGUAUUAGCUACAGCAGUGCUUGUGACUCUGCUGUUUCUCAUGCCACUGUUUUACUACACCCCUAAUGUCAUCUUAGGAGCCAUCAUCAUAACAGCAGUGAUUGGGCUUAUUGAUUAUCAAGCCGCAUACAAAUUGUGGAAAGUUGACAAACUCGAUUUCCUGGCUUGUGUUUGCUCCUUCUUUGGGGUUCUUUUCAUAUCUGUUCCUUUGGGACUUGCCAUUGCUGUUGGAGUUUCUGUAUUCAAGAUUCUCUUGCAUGUCACCAGGCCAAACACUGUGGUCUUGGGGAAUAUUCCAAGAACAGAGAUAUACCAAAGCCUCAACCGAUACAGAGAAGCUUCAAGGGUCCCUUCGUUUCUCAUACUGGCCAUUGAAUCUCCGAUCUACUUUGCAAAUUCGACUUAUCUACAGGAGAGGAUAUUAAGAUGGGUUCGAGAGGAGGAAGAAUGGAUUAAGGCAAACCGUGAAAGCACUUUGAAAUGUAUAAUCAUUGACAUGACUGCUGUCACAGCCAUAGAUACAAGCGGCAUCGACAUGGUAUGUGAACUAAGAAAGAUGCUGGAGAAAAGAUCACUUCAGCUUGUGUUGGUAAAUCCUGUGGGAAGUGUGACGGAAAAGUUGCAUCACUCCAAAAUCUUGGAGUCGUUUGGAAUGAAUGCCUUCUAUCUCACAGUCGGGAAAGCCGUGGCAGAUGUCUCAGCUUCAUGGAAGCCUCAGCCAUGACUUUGUAGAUUUGUAGUUUUUACUUUUCAUUUUGCGAGAAACCCAAAUUAGUUGAUCAUUAUGCUUUGGUUUGGUGAAGAAAUGAAGGUUGAACUUCUUCUACUUAUGCAGUCGACCAAACCAAGUUGAAGCCCCCUCCCCUGUUGUUCCAAAUUUAUCUGCUCAUUGCAUAUGGAUGUAAGAAAUUAAAUCAAUUUUGAUGUUAAUAAAUCAACUUAUUUUGGGUUUUAACCAGCCCAAGUCACAAAGUUGUCAUCA